GACAUGUUUUACACGUGAUUGCGCUUUCUUUUCGUGAAAGUUUGCCCCACCUUAUCUUAAUACCUUGCAGUUACAUCACAGUGGCGCGCUCUUACUAUUGUUCAUCAUGGCUCUUUCAGUUCUUGGCGGGUCUACAACUCCACGUUCCGUCGCGCAUUCAAUCCGAUAUGACUUGCAUAACUUAUUCUAGAUCUCAUAUGAAGAAGCAUGGCCCGGCCUCCAGAUCCCAUCGUCAUCUCGGAUGAUGAUGCGACGGAGUCUUCCGAUUCGUCAGCUAAACCUAACGCUGCUGCCUCAGCCAAGUUGAAUGUAUCUAAUAAGCGAAAAUUGAAUACGGAAAACUUGGGCAAAGAAGAAAACAGUUCCGAGGAAGACUUUAUCUAUGAGAUUUUCAAGAAGCGAAAAAAGACAGCUCGAAAAUCAUCCUCGAAGAAAGGGAAGGGAAAGGCUUCUGUUAGGAGCAGUACGCCUAAAACUGCCAAGCGACGAUUGGUUGAUCCCCGGCUCAACGACGAUGAGGAUAGUGAGUCAGAAUCAGACGCAAAUGCCCUUUCGUAUUUAAAGGCACGUCGCGACAAGUUUGACGAGGAUCGGAAAAUUCUACGCGACGGCGGACUACGGCUACCUCCCGACUAUUCGGAUAUAUACUUCUCGGACGAUGAAAACCUAGAAAACCUAGAGGAGAAACCCCAAUUUGAUGAGAAGAGUGGAAUUAAACCGUCUCGUCCCUACAAGGAUGUGGUUUUAGAGCAUUCAGCCGGUGUCAUCCCAGCCUCUAUCGCACAAUAUCUCCGUGAAUAUCAGAUCAAGGGAGUCGAAUUCCUCCACCAUCUUUUCGUAUAUCAAAAGGGCGGAAUACUGGGCGAUGAUAUGGGCUUAGGGAAAACUGUUCAAGUUGCCGCCUUUCUCACCGUGAUGUUCGGUAAGACUGGUGAUCGGCGUGAUGCCAAGAGAAUGAGGAAGUUCCGACGAGCUAAAGUCGACGACUGGUAUCCUCGUGCCUUGAUCAUCUGCCCAGGAUCAGUAAUCAAUAAUUGGAAGAAUGAACUGAACAGGUGGGGGUGGUGGACGGUUGACUUAUAUCACGGUGCAGGUAAAGAGGACGUUUUGGGUGCAGCUAGCGCUGGAAGGCUAGAAAUCAUGAUCACAACAUAUGGCACCUACAAGAGGAGUUACGAUCAAAUCAAUGAGACACCAUGGGAUGUCGUCGUCGCGGAUGAGUGCCAUAUCAUCAAAGAGCCUAGUGCUGGGGUCACCAAAGCGAUGAACCAAGUCAAUUCUCUGUGCAGGAUCGGACUCACUGGGACAGCAAUCCAAAACAAAUACGAGGAACUCUGGACACUGUUGAAUUGGACAAAUCCCGGGACAUUUGGUACGAUUAGAGACUGGAAGGACAUGAUAUGUAAACCAUUGAAAAUUGGCCAAUCGCAUGAAGCUACUUUGACCCAACUCAGCGAAGCCCGCAAAACCGCGAGGAAGCUUCGUGACAACCUUCUCCCUCGCUUUUUCCUCCGUCGAAUGAAGAGCCUUAUUGCUCACCAACUACCCAAGAAGACCGACAGGGUUGUGUUCUGCCCACUUUCCGAUAUACAGCGCGAAGCCUAUGAAAAUAUACUUGGUAGCGAUAUUGCGAAUUUCGUCCGGACUGCAUUCGAUUUCUGUCCGUGUGGGUCUAAGAAAAAGCGUGGAUCAUGCUGCUACGCAGUCAACGCAGAAGGGGAGUCAUGGAAAUCACUAGUAUUCCCUACCGUCAUCGCAUUGCAGAAGUUAUCCAAUCAUUUCAACCUCAUAAUCCCCCAAUCCUCAGACAUUCUCGACAAACACAAGCGCGAACUCCGAUUCCUUCAAGCCGCCAUGCCGCAGAGCUGGGAGAAGUAUUACAGCAGCCGAGAGUCAUUAUUAAACCUAGCCAACCCCGAGUAUUGUGGGAAGUGGAAGGUACUCAAGAAGCUUCUCAUAUUCUGGCAUGCUAAUGGCGACAAAGUACUGGUCUUCUCGCAUAGCGUGCGACUACUAAAGAUGUUACAGCAUUUGUUCAACAACACGAAUUAUAGCUUUAGCUAUUUAGACGGGACAUUGAACUAUGAUGAUCGGCAGCAAGUGGUUGAUGACUUCAACUCCGACCCGAACCAAUUCGUAUUCUUGAUCUCUACCAAAGCUGGUGGGGUCGGGCUUAACAUCACAUCAGCCAACAAGGUUGUUAUAAUGGAUCCUCAUUGGAAUCCGUCCUAUGAUCUUCAGGCGCAGGAUCGAGCCUACCGAAUUGGACAAGUUCGUGAUGUAGAGGUCUAUCGUCUCAUUUCGACAGGCACUAUCGAAGAAGUCACUUAUGCAAGGCAAAUUUACAAGCAGCAACAGGCAAAUAUCGGAUACAAUGCUUCAAAUGAACGUCGCUACUUCAAAGGGGUACAACAAGAUGCCGACCGCAAAGGAGAGAUCUUUGGGCUCCAGAAUCUACUCGCGUAUCAUGGCGACCAAGUCAUCCUCCGUGAUAUCGUGAAUAAAACAAACAUUGCUGAGGCCAAGGCGGGCGUUAAACUAAUUAAUAUUGACAUGGAUAAGGCGGUUAAGGAUGUUGAGGAAGAAGACCUCAUUAAGAAGGAGGAAGAUGCCGACGACGAGACCGGUGGUCUAAAGCAGCUAUCCGCUCGUCUCAUCAAGGGUGAAAACAAGAAUAGUGUCUUGAAAGCAGCGAGAGCGCAGAAGCUCAAGCAGUUUGACGCCGUUCAAGCAAUCCUUGCAUCCGAGGGGGUUGAGUAUACUCAUGAUAACGCAGAGGUCGUCGGCUCUUCCAAAAUCGAGGACGAGUUAUCCCGACAAGCGGAAAUGGUCGCUAGUGGGGAUGAAGAAGACCCAGAGGCCCGUGCUCUCUUCUUUGACAGCUUGGCGGCUUCCGCCGCGGGCGCGCAGAUCGAGCACGAAUAUAACCCACCGGUAGAUGUAAGACGACGCCAAUUUUGUACGAUGGCAGAGACCUUUGGAUUUCCUAGUGUGACGGAAUUUGCACUUGCUGUUGAAAGCAUGGAGCCAGAAGAACGAAGGAAUUGCCUAGAGCAAUUCUACAGGAAGAGGGCUGAGAAGCUGAAAAGCUUAGGUGAAGCCAUCGAUUUGGACGCCGGCUUGAAAACCGAGUCAGAGUCGGAUACGAAGGAAGACAUCAAGAUGGAAGAGGUGAAGAUCGAAAAUGUACAGCAUACACCAAUCAAAUCCAAGGAUGAGGCGGAUGAGAGAGAUAUCAAACUGGAAGAUAUAAAGCCUUAUAUGCCACCUAUCAAGCAAGAAAAUAUUAAGCCAGAAAUCGAAGAAUCUCCCUCUGCGAAAGAAGAUGUCAAGGAAGUCAAAAAAGAGGAACGGCGGAAGAAAUCCGAGAGGGUGUCUAUGACCAUCUGGAUAGAUGAUGCGGACGACACGGAUGAGCUAUGAGCCCUUUUCUUUUCUUUUUCAUGGUACUACGUGGCUUCAAGGUAGACGUCAAGGCGUUUGACAUGACGUGUCGUGGGAAUAUCGUAGAUUACAUGGUACAGAGGCUGUGAAGCGUACAUUUCUGGGAAUGUACUAUGGGAUUGGCGUUGGCAGUUCAUUUACACCCUGAUACCCCAUAGAAAUAAAAUCAUGUUUCUCUCAGUCCGGAUGUCCGAUAUCACGAAGCACUGUACGUACCGAGAUGGUUACAUAAAAUGGUGCUUUUCAUAAAUAUUGAUCA